UCUGCGCAGGGUCGAGGGCACGGCCGGGGCAAAGCGUCCCACCGGCCGGGCCUGGCCGACCCCACCCACUCCGCUGUCAGCCUCGGCUCCGCCUGACCCGGCAGUUCGGCCGCCCGCGGGGGGGUGGCGUCACCGCGAGCCGCCGUCCACCGUCAGAAGCUCCGGCGGGGCCCGGCGCGGCGCGGCUGAUCCAGAAUGGCGCUGCGGCAGGCGCUGGGCCAGGGGCUGCGGCUGGCCCGGGGGCUGCUGUCGCGGUGCUUCGGCGCGGGGCCUCCCGUUCCUGGGCCUCCGCCGCCGCCGCCGCCGCUGCGACAGGCCGUUCUCCUCCGCCAGCCGGCGCCGUUCCGUGCGGGCUUCCUACGCGAGGCCGCGGGUCGGCUAGGCCUCAGGCGGGUGCCGUUUCGGCAAAUCGCCACCCGCGUAGCGACGGGGCCUUAUCACCGCCGCCGCCUCGGCUUGGCCUUCAGCCUGGGGCUGGCGUUGUUCGAGCCGGCGCUGGCUGUGCAGAGGCAGGCGGACGAGGCGUGCAAGGACAUCCAGAUGAUAUUUACCCGAAGGAACAGGAUCCGGAAAGAUCCUUCGGGCGUAUUCCGCCAGCAGGGCUUCAAACUGGAAGAGUACUCCAUUGGCCAGCCCCUCGGCAAAGGCUGCAGCGCUGCAGUAUAUGAAGCUGCCAUACCUUCAUCCGCCUCUUCCAAAGCAAGCAAUGACCCAAACUCUGAAGAUUGUAAUCAGUAUGAGCAUGGUGAUAUCCAGGCUGCAGAUUCUCACCAAGACCAUGACUGGAAAGCUGGCUUCCCACUGGCUAUCAAGAUGAUGUGGAACAUUUCGGCUGGUUCCUCAAGCGAAGGCAUCCUCCACACCAUGUCUCAGGAACUCGUUCCAGCCCGGAGCUCCGCUUUGUCUGGAGAAUUUGGAGCACUCGCCUGCCCCAGGAAACUUGGCUUUGGGAAGAAGCAACUGAAACCUCACCCAAACAUCAUCCAGGUUCUCCGAGCAUUCACCUCUCACGUCCCGCUUCUCCCUGGUGCAACAAUAGACUACCCAGAUGUUCUGCCUGCCACUCUGAAUCCCUCUGGAAUUGGACACAGCCGCACACUCUUCCUGGUGAUGAAAAACUAUCCAUGUACUCUGCGCCAGUAUCUCCGUGAGAGGAUUCCCGAUCCCCAGCUGGGCAUCAUGAUGAUUUUGCAGUUACUGGAGGGGGUGGACCACCUCGUCCAACAAGGAGUGGCUCACAGGGAUUUGAAGUCAGACAACAUCCUUGUCGAAUUUGAUCCUGUGGGACGUCCAUGGCUGGUGAUCACAGAUUUCGGCUGCUGUUUGGCUGAUGACAAAAUUGGCUUGAGGCUGCCUUUUACCAGCUGGUACGUGGAUCGUGGCGGCAACAGCUGCCUCAUGGCACCAGAGGUGCUCACAGCUUCCCCCGGCCCUAGGGUGGUGAUCAAUUACACCAAAACAGAUGCCUGGGCUGUCGGAGCAAUCGCAUACGAGAUCCUUGGCUCACGUAACCCAUUCUACGGCAGUGGGGGAUCGUCCCUUGAAAGCAGGAGUUACAGGGAAGAGCAGCUGCCGCCCUUGCCAGAGGCUGCACCCCUGGAAGUGAAGAGGCUCGUCCGGGCGCUGCUUUGCCGAUGUCCCAAGAAGAGACUUUCGGCCAGAGUUGCGGCCAACAUACUUCAUCUGAGCUUGUGGGGUGAAGGCAUACUCAGCCUCAAGGACCUGCGACUUGACAAGAUGAUUGGCUGGCUUCUUCACCAAUCAGCGGCCACCUUACUGAUGGAUGGACUUGGAGAUGGAAACCGCAUCGAAACCAGGCUGAAGAAAUGCUUUUUAGCAAACCUGGAGUAUGAAGAUCUCUGGGAGGCGGCGGCCCUCCUUUGCUCCUGGAGAAACGUGGCGGCAGGAAGAGCUCUGAUCUGCGCCCCUUGAAACUUACAGUAGUAUCUUCAUGUUCCACUAAAAGCAUUCACCUGGCCAAGCGUCUCUUUCUUUUGCAAACCUAGAUAUGUUUUAGAAGCAGCUUUCAAGAGAUGAGUUGUUUUAGGUGCUGGUUAGGUUCACUCUCAGAAAUUAUCUCUGUGCCUUCUGUGUUUGGCUUUCAAGCAGGCUGGGUGAUUUGUUUCUUACUGCUGCGUUGGAACCAGAAUCUCACUGUUUAUUUCCUUUUCAAGGUAAAGCCAUCUUGUAAGACGUCUUUGUAGCAGGGGUGAAGAUGGAGUUCUGUAGAUGUGCUUUAUUUCAAUUUAUUUUCAUGAACGAAAAACCCUCCAAAGAGUCAGAGAUCUCUUAGACAUCUGAGUUUUGUCAAUUCGUUUUGGUUCCAGUUACACACCAGGAUUUUCCCCAGGACGUGUUUCCAAAGAAUUGAGAGCCUGUUGAGCCGUACCCCAUGUUUGAUUUGAUCAGCGUCCUGCGUGCAAGUUAAUACCUUUCAUAAAGUGAAUCUCACCUUCCAAAAUGCAGACCCUGCCUGAAUUAGUGGAUCUGCUGGCUUAGAAAGGAUUGUUAGCAGCCAACGUGCUCAUAAGUAGGUGCCGCAUUCCAGUCCCAGCUCAUGAAUAGAGACCACUGACUAGGAAGGUUCCUUCCAACCGAAAAAGGGUUCUUCCUAGUCAGCCAGUUUGCACCCUGAAAAGAAAAAAGGACUGCAACGGCUGAAGGAAACAUGAGAGGCAGAAGUCAGCUGGUCUACUUUUGAGUCAUGGUUUUGCUUCAUAUAAAACUGACUGGGCUGUUCAUUCAGUCUGUUUUUCGCAGGUGUGAGUGGCACACCCCCAAGGGAUGGAAGGGGAAGUAGCUGUGGACGAGGAGUGGGACUAGCUUCAUCACUCCUGGCUUUUGAAAAGAGAAACAGCUUGGUGCACUCAUUGAGUGGUUAAUAUUUUUCGUCCAUUUAUAUUUCUGAACGGAGCCCUUAGAGACAUCAGAAAUAACAAAAAUGUUGAGCAGCCAAGAAAACCCAAGUUGCUCCACCCAGUUUCUGGGAUGUAACACUGAGCGUUUGUCUUUCAUGCACAUGGGGAGUCAGUUGUGUUCUUCGAGGGGGGCAUGUUGGCCCUUGGGAUCCGUCCCAUUUCAGCUGACAGCAGGAACAGAUGCUUCAGAAGGGCUACAAGGGAAGAGGCAGAAAGAAAGAAACUGAGCCAGCGUUUGGCAGAGAAUAUUUCGCUAACCUUUGGCAUUACUCCAAGCUAAAAGCAUCAUUUCUCAUCUGGAGAGGAUAUCAAGGUGUUGAUGUUCUACAGAUGAGUUGCUUUGAGUUUUUAAUUUAGCCCUCCAGGGAUAGGGCGGUAUAGCAAGUUUAAUAAAUAAUAAUAAUAAUAAUAAUUAUUAUUAGCCAGCAGGGAGUGUUUCUGACCACAAUCUUAUUAGAGCAGACUUUGUAGCUCAUGAACUGUGAAGUGUGGUAUGGUUAGUUAUUGGGGAAGUUAAUUAUUUCAGCCUUUUGGCUCAAUAAAAUGUUGUCUUUCUGUUGCACUUGAGAGAAUUUGAGCACUCGGUUCUGUUUUGGAAUUAGAAAUUUGUAUCCUGAAGAAGAGCGAUUUCUGGGGCACACCCUAGAUGGAGCCACAUCUCUAAUCCACUUGGUCAUAGACCGUCUUCUUCAGUAAAUGGAGGACUGCCAUAGACAGGGCAACAAAGAAAGGACUGGGAAUUCAGUGACUUCCUGAUGGAAAGUUCUAGAAGAUUACUUCAGCUUUCUGUAUUUUCCCAUCUAAGAUUUGUUAAUGUGAAAAGCAUGGAAGUUGAAUUUUCCUUUGCAUUGUUUUAUUCAAACGCUUUGUGUGUUUCAUUCGGAACUUUUUGCUUCCAUAAAGACCAUCCUCCGCAAAUAAAUAACUUCCUUAAGUUA